AUGGCGGCGGUUUUGCUGCCCACGCAGCAGCUGCUGGAGAAUGGCUACUACUUGGCGUCCGACUCGAGCGCGAACUCGAGCUUCUCCGACACUCCGCAUUCGGCGCGGCGCAUCUCUCGGGGUAGCAGCUUUUCUCUGCGCACCACAGCGCAGAGGCUGGAUCUGAACAGUAGCGGUGCUGUUGGUGGGGGCCGAUCAGCCACGGUGGCUACUGACGUCUCUCCAAGCGGCAUCGACUGCCUUCCUAAUAGCCGGGAUCCCAACAGUUACAGCGGAGGAAACCACAUUGAAGACGAUAGCGACAUUAUAUUCGAGGAGGAAAAUGAUUUCGACAACUUCGACGGGGAGGAUGAGGAACAGGCUGUGCUCACGUACAUGGACUCUUGGGUAGAUGAGAACCUUCCGGGCCAGCCAUCCUCAUCGAAUCGGGCACCACUGCCGCCAUCGGCGCGCCGGGGGUCGUCGUCCGUGGCGGGGGCUGGUGACGGGACAAGCAGCGGCCCCGGUGCCUUCAGCAUGAGCGUCGAAGUCGGCGAUACCAACUACGACAUCGGCGAGGAUCCGCCAAGCUACACGCCUGUCAGCUCGCCGCCACAGGUGCAUCGUCGCGGCGCACUGUCGCGGCGCACACCUGCCCGCUCAGUGUGCAGUUCGGCGGCAGCUGAUUGGCAUCCCCCGACAACGGUGCGCCGGCCAACCAGCGGUAGCAAAGCGAGCGGGGCGCCGCUGUUCCAGGCGGCUGUCGUGCCAGCCAAAAUAACUGCUGUCACUGCAGGGCCACGCAUGCUGUCGCGGCAGCACUCGACUGCGAAUGCAGCUACCUCUUCCCGGCCCACACCGCUCACCGCUGCGGCUGUUCACAUGCCGCUGACAGCCGCGUCUUCUCCACAUUUCGCGUCGCUCUCACCGCACCUGCAGCUGUCGUCCACGAACGAGGAGGAGCUCCGCGAACGGGAGUGCAAGCAGCUUAGUCUCUACGAGGCGUUCUUUUUCAAUCCAACUCGCAGUAUGUGGCUCGUCGACGACCACGUCCUGGCCAAGGUUCUCGAGUACGUGCGGAUAAUGGGAUACGAGCACCCCGCCUUGAAACGUGACCGCCUCAAAGGCCAGCCCUCUCUGUGGAGCAGCAGCAGUGCCAUUCCCUCCCCUAUCGUGUCAACUAAGCCGAAGAAGAAGGCUGCCGGCGUGAGGAACGCGAACUCGCGAGUGCCGCAAAACAUACACACGUCGUCGUCGUCUGCCGCCGCCGAGGCCGUGGCGGAGGCUCUCGCACAGCCGGACAGCGCCGACGUUUCGCCCACUCUGCUGACUGCGGCUGGCGACUCUGCCGAGUCCGCAGCGUUUGCAACCAAGCAGUUCUGCUUGAAGGCCGGCAAGCCCCGUUGUGCUCGGCAGUACGUGAACAGGUCCACGGCGGUUGCUGCGUCACAUUUGUUUCUUACCUUCAGUGAGGCCAUGCGGUGGAUUGCGGAGCAGGAGUACGUUAUCGGCACGGUGCUGUUGUGCUGCGCACGCUUUGUCGGAGACCCGAACGCCGACGGGGCGGCGGUUCUUGGCGACGGCGUGACGGACACUGCGCCAUGGCAUCCACGCCGUGCAAUGCUGCAACGCAGAAAGCCGUGCAUCCCUCUGCGGUUCCACCCCAUCCACUUCGCGGCCUCUCUUGUGUGCUCGCGGUUCCCACAGUGGGGUGGCAUGUCCGCCUUCACCCGUGCCUGGGAGACGCAGAUCCGCCUGGUCCUGGGAAGCGCGUCGCCGUCGCACCAGCGCCUCUUCAAGCUCCCCGACGACGCCCUCUUGCUCAGUUCCGACUGUGAGGCGGGAAACCUGCACCGGGUGGAGCGCGCAGGGGAGCCGUACUCCUUUCUGGUUUGGCUGGAGCCGGAUUUCGGGAGCGACAAGCGAAUUUGGUUCCGUUUCUCUGUAGCAGGGGCGAAGGAGGGGCGCAGGCUGCGGUUUCGGCUCAUGAACGCGGCACCACACGUGAAGCUGUACCGGCAGAACGGCAUGAUGCCCGUGUGGCGUGAUGGGCUUAGCCAGCCGAACUGGGGGCCCGUGGACUCGUGCUCCUUUCGGACUACAAACCGGGACUUGGACGGCGAGGUGAGUUUCUCCAUAAACCCGCGAAACUCCACCGAAACGAUCCAGAUCGCCUUCUGUGCCCCGUACACGUACGCCGACUUGCUCUGCCACGUGUGCCACUGGCACGCCCUUGUCAAGACCAGCGGGUGUGACAUGCGCUUCGAGGAGCGGGUGCUGUGUCGGAGUCCGGAUGGGCGAAAGCUUCAUUUGCUCAUCGUGACCAGCCGCGUCGGCGGCGCACCGGCGUCGGCAGCGACCGAGGACAAGAGCACUGCGAACGCAGGGAUUUCGGGCGGGCGAGGGCACACUGGCGUGGGUGCCGAUGGCGUGGCGGCGGCAGGUGCGGGCUCCUCCAGUGGCUGGAUGUCCCCUGGCGUCGCGAGCCCCACGACGACGAUCCCACCUGGGAAAGGCAAGGGCGGUGCCGCAAAAGAGGCGGUUCGUGGCCCGUACGCCAACUUCGCCUCUGGCAAAAAAGUCGUGCUUGUCAGUGGACGGGUACACCCUGGCGAGGUGACGGCGUCGCACGGUGUCCACGGACUCAUAUCCUUCCUGCUCUCCAGCGACGUUCGUGCGAUCCAGCUGCGCGAGUAUUUCAUAUUCUUCAUUGUACCAAUGCUCAACCCCGACGGCGUCAGCCGCGGUCACUCCCGCAUGGACCAGUUUGGCAACAACCUCAACCGCUGCUACAAUGACCCGGAUGCGGAGACUCAGCCAACCGUGCUCGCGCUGCGACGCGUGUUCGAGCACCUGCAGCACACAUAUCGGGAGCGCUUUAUCAUGUACCUCGACUUCCACUCCCACGCCUCGCAAUCCAGCGGCUUCAUGUUUGGCAACAACCUGCCCGUGUCUGUGCAGCACUGGAACCUCUUUUUUCCGCGCCUGGUGGAGCUGCACGCCCGUCAUGUCUUCGCCUUUGCGCUCUGCCGCUUUGGCCGCGUGCACAUGACAAGCAAGAAUGGGGCCUCGCGGGUGCUGUUUGGCAGCAGUCUCAUCCACAGCUACACGGUCGAGCUGCCGCACUUCACGGACCGCCGCCUCUACGCGGAUGAUCACAAGGCCAUGAACAACGGCGGCAACGUACUCUUCGAGGUUACAAGCCCGCCGCGACACCAGACGUCAGGGCAGGCUGGCAGCGUCAACGUGAAAGAGGACGGUGCACAGGGUGCCGAGAACGGUUCUGAAGAGAAGUGGCGCGGCUUCAACCGGACUCAUGCGCGCGCCGUGCAUUCGGUAGCCGGGGCUCGUGGCCUGGACAGGCGGCCGAACAUGUUGCUCGCCGGCCGCGCACAGGCAUGCCGGUCGAACUGUGAGAGCUCGUCGGCUCAAGCCAGGGAUGACUCCUCGCCCAGGAAGUCCUCCGGUACCGCUGCGGAAAGCCAGGGACACACAAACUCGACCGGCGUGGGUAAGCACAGGAGCGGUGAGUCCUCUGCAACUCAGGCCGGCGGUACGAGGGCGGCGUCGUUUCUACGGCCCAUCUCCACCCCCUCCAUCCUUUGCCAGAGCGCGGAGGUGGGACAGGCGUGCCUGUUGGCGCUGCGCGACUACUGCUCCAUCGGUGCCCGUCCGUCGCCAGAGCUGACGAUGUUCGGCGGCAUGGACGGCUUGCUGCGUGAUUCGAAGCGCCAAGUCAAGCUGGACUCAUCGAGGAAGUGCAAGAAGCCCCAGUCAAUCGCCACCUAUUCUGGGAUAAACCCCAUCUACAGGCAAUACUAG